AUGGGGCUCAUCCAGCCAUACGCCAACAAUCACCACAACCCUAGCCGCUCAGGGGAUGGUCGUCCAACCGCUAUCCAGAUUGUGGAAAACCAACAGCUCAUCGGCAAAUGGGCUGGUAGAGUGGCAUUGGUGACUGGUUGCUCACCUGGCAGUAUCGGAGCCGAAAUUGCCAAAGCAAUCCAUGCAACAGGGGCCGACAUCUACAUCACCGCGCGAGAUAUAACAAAAGGCCUUGUCACUGCUCAGAAUAUUCUUGCUGAUGGGAAUCCUGGAAAGCGUUCGGGAGACGCAGCGCAGGCAUUCCUAGAGAAGUCCCAAUCUCUGCAUCUACUGGUUAAUAACGCGGGUGUUCUUGGAUGCCUUGAGCAGAUAACAGGAGAAGGCGUGAAUACUCAUUUUGCCACCAACUACCUAGGCCACUUCUUGCUCUUUCAAUUUCUCAAAGCAUCGCUAUUGGCCUCAACACGAGACUUUGAGGUGCACGUCGUCAAUGUGGCCUCGGUUGCCCACCGUCUGGGAACUUGCGAUCUGGAGGAUCUCACCUUCGAGAAUCGGGCAUACGAAGCUUGCCACUGUACAUUUCGCCAACGAGAUUGA